AUGAAAUUUGUCGGCUUGGUCUCAGGAGGAAAGGACUCCAUAUUCAACAUCCUCCACAGCAUACGACAGGGCCAUGAGCUUAUAGCCCUAGCCAACCUCUACCCUUCUUCUGGAAAAGACGAGAUUGAUUCCUUUAUGUAUCAAACUGUGGGUCAUGAUGUGGUUUCAUUGUACGACAAAUGCACCGGAUUGCCGCUGUAUCGCCGCGAGAUCAGUGGACUGUCCGAAAAUGUGCAACUGGAAUACUCCAGGACUGCCAAUGACGAGACUGAAGAUCUGCUGGAGCUUCUCAAAGAGGUGAAGGAAAACCAUCCAGAUGUUGAAGGUGUGAGUUCAGGUGCUAUUCUGUCAAAUUAUCAGAGAAAUAGAGUGGAAUAUUGCUGCUCCAAACUCGGGCUUAUUUCGCUGGCAUGGCUAUGGCAAAUGGACCAGAGCGAGCUGAUGGGUCAGAUGUGUGAUGUCGAGUCGAUGGAUGCCCGUAUCAUCAAAGUGGCUGCUUUCGGAUUGAAUAUAAAACAUCUUGGAAUGAAGUUGCAGGAGAUAUAUCCCCAUCUGUUGAGUCUCAAUGACAAAUUUGGAAUUCACGUUUGUGGAGAGGGUGGAGAGUUUGAAACUCUGGUUUUGGAUGCCCCAUUUUUCACGGAGGGUUACCUUGAAUUGGUAUCACAAGAAAUGGUUGAUCAUGGUAGUGAGGUGUGGUUUUUGAAGAUGAAGGUCAGGUUUGUGGAAAGGAAGAAGGCAGUUGAUGAUUUCAGCACUGUUGUCGCUCCACCAUUACUACAUGGACCGUUUGUAGAAUACCCUGUUGACAAAUUUGUUUCUACACAAAAACCGGUUCACAAUCAAGUUCUGCCAUUGAACCUUCAAUCAGAUGAAGAUCAUGUCUUUAUUUCAAAUAUUUCGUCCCAGGGUGAGACUUUGGAAAGGCAGGUGCUUGAUGUCUUUGUUGCUCUGUCUACUCAACUCCAGAAACAUGGGAUCGAAUUUUCGAACAUCCAAUCGUCGAUUCUACUUCUCCAAUCAAUGAAAGAUUUUGCUGCUAUCAACACCAUUUACUCCUCAUAUUUCACGACACCGCUUCCACCUGCAAGAAUCUGUGUCGAGACCAAUCUUGCCCGGUCCACUAAACUGCAGCUCUCAGUGGUAGCAUUGAAAUCUUCAAAAUCCGGUGUCCACAUACAAAGCAGGAGUUACUGGGCUCCCUGUAACAUUGGACCAUAUUCACAAGCGGUUUCUGACUCUGAAGGAGUUACAAUGAUCAGCGGUCAGAUCCCUCUGGUUCCUGCUAGUAUGGCUCCCAGCCCGCAGGAGCUGGAGAUUGGACUGUCACUACAACAUUUUGAUAGUGUUAAAAAACUGGUGGCCGCAAAUAAGGAUCAGGCGGUUAUAUGCUUUAUCGUUGAUACUGCUUAUAUCCAAUCAGUUCUACAAUGCUGGAAGAGCUACGGAGGAGAUGAAAAAAGGCUUAUCAUAGUGCAGGUCUCCUCGCUUCCGCGUGGAGUUGGGGUAGAAUGGGGCGGGUACUCCACUAAGGGCCAGGACGGUUUUUUGGAAGUGGAAUUUUUUGAGCAGACCAUUAACACCUCAGAUGACUACCAUUACACUGUUUUUCACAACCCGACCCAGCCUAUCGCUAUCGAUAUUCCCUUUUGCUCGGUCCCGGUCUUAUCAGUUUGGAAGUGCGCUACUCAAGUCCACGCCGCAGCCAUCAAGAGAUACCUCUUAUAG